UUUCCAUUAUAUAAAUUCUCUUCUUCUUCCUCUCCGCCUCCGGGAUCGGUCACUCCACUCACAAAUCCAAUCCGCUGAGUUCAGAGAAACCGAGUCAAACAAAGCAAAUCCACCAAGAAAAAAAAAAAAAAACGACAUGUCGGACAGUGAGGAGCACCACUUCGAGUCCAAGGCCGAUGCCGGAGCCUCCAAGACUUACCCUCAGCAAGCUGGUACUAUUCGCAAGAAUGGCUACAUCGUCAUCAAGAACCGUCCUUGCAAGGUUGUUGAAGUUUCCACCUCCAAGACUGGCAAGCACGGUCAUGCUAAGUGCCACUUUGUUGGAAUUGACAUUUUCACUGCCAAGAAACUUGAAGAUAUUGUGCCAUCUUCCCAUAACUGUGAUGUUCCUCAUGUCAACCGUACUGACUACCAGCUGAUUGAUAUCUCUGAGGAUGGAUUUGUGAGUUUGCUGACUGAAAAUGGGAACACCAAGGAUGAUCUGAAGCUCCCAACUGAUGACAAUUUGCUGACCCAGAUCAAGGAUGGAUUUGCUGAAGGCAAGGACCUGGUUGUCUCUGUGAUGUCUGCAAUGGGAGAGGAGCAGAUUUGUGCUCUGAAGGACAUUGGCCCCAAGUAGUUUCUUUAUAAUAAUUCAGAAACUGUUGUUGGAAACUUUAGUUCAAAUAUUUUUGUGAGCCUUUAUAGCUUGCUUUUCUUAAGACACAGCGGGUAUACUUGGUGGUUGUGCGGAUGGAGUUAUGCGGGUCUGGAAAACGAAGUUAUAUAAUGUUAUGUUUGUCUUUCAAAGACUUGUUUUCAUCAUCUAGAUUUGCUUUUUUUCAAUUAUGUUGCUUUCAUUCUGCAUUGAUGGGAGAAAGAAAAAAAGAGAUUUGAGUAGUGCUUACACGCAGAAAGGAUGCCUUUCUUGAAAGGUCUAAUGAGAGGUGAUUGUAGAAAUUGGUGCAGAAACUGGCAUAUGCUGGAUGUUUUCUAAGCAUGGUGGAGUAAAUUGUGUUGGGAUUUAGAUAAUAAAACAUUACUGCCUGUUAA